AUGGGUGGUGUCACCGUUCGCGAUGUGGACGCGCAGAAGUUCAUCGCUGCCUACUCUGCUUUCCUGAAGCGUCAGGGCAAGCUCCCCAUCCCUGGAUGGGUUGACACUGUCAAGACUUCUUCCUCCAACGAGCUCCCUCCCCAGGACGCCGACUGGUACUACGUCCGCGCCGCUGCCGUUGCCCGUCACAUCUACAUGCGCAAGACCGUCGGUGUCGGCCGCCUGCGCAAGGUCCACGGCUCGACCAAGAACCGUGGCUCCCGCCCCAACCACCACGUCGAUGCCUCCGGCUCCGUCGACCGCAAGGUCAUCCAGUCUCUCGAGAAGAUCGGUGUCCUUGAGUACGAUGAGGAGAAGGGCGGUCGCCGCAUUACCCAGGCCGGCCAGCGGGAUCUUGACCGGAUUGCCAAGACCACCGUUGACGAGGAGGAGGAGGACGAGGAGUAA